CUCAACGACUCCUUCCAUCUCCUAUAACUCUUCCACUGAGCCACACCUCGCUGCUCGCACACUACUUCGUACAGCUCGAUCAUCGAUGGCUUUGCUUCCUCUGCUUCUGCUGAUGCUCGCCGGCUUUGCAACGUCGGACAUAGCCAAAGAUCGCGAGGAAUGCGCCAACACGCUGGCGGGGCUGGCAACUUGUCUCACCUAUGUGCAGGGAAGCUCGGCGGCGCCGACGCCGGACUGCUGCACGGGGCUUAAGGGCGUGCUGGCUCAGAGCCCCAAGUGCUUGUGCGUGCUCAUAAGGGAUCGAGACGAUCCGAGCCUCGGCAUCAAGAUUAACCUCACGCGAGCGCUCACUCUUCCUGAUACUUGCAAAGCCAAAGCCAACAUUUCCCACUGCCCUGAGCUGCUGAACCUGCCGCCGAACUCGCCGGAUGCACAGGUCUUCAAGAAUUUUACGUCAGGCAGCACUGCAAAAGGCAGCUCAGCUAGUGAUAAGGGAAGUGGAAGCUCCAAUGUGCAUGAAAGCAGCAGUGGCACACCAAAAUACAACUCUCUCUUUGUAGGUGGACGAAAGUUGGUGGGAGUGCAGCAUUUAUUUGUUGCUCUCUUACUCCUUGCAAUUGUUCUGAUCUCCUAAAAAUGGAGAAAUUAUUCUGUGCAGACUCCCGAUGAUUCAGAGGCCAAUCAGAAGGCACCACAUCACUCAUUACACAGCACCAAUACAUAAAAAAAAUGAUGUGGUGUAUUCUGAUUGGCCUCUGAAAGACGUCUGGUGUCCGCACAGAAUAUUUUUUCCUAAAAACGGUCUAAAAAUAACAUAAAGAUUAUUAAAUCAAGCAAGCUUAUUAAAGUUUUAUAUGCUAAUAUAAUAUUUCCAUUAUAUAUUAUUCUAUACUAUGUUCUACUCAUAUGACAAAAUAGAAUAAUAUAAAAUGAAAAAUAUUAAUUUAGCACAUAGAAGUUUGUUUGAGCUAUAUGCUGAUUUAAUAAUUCUUCCAUCGUUAUCUUUCUUCCCUUUUUCGUGUAUUGAUUGUAGAGUUAUGCAGCUGAUGCCAUUAAUAGUUUGAAUCUGGAAAUGGAUACAGGUUGAGUUAGUGGGCGUGUAGGAUUUCAUUUAUCUGACAUUAUCAGCUGCUUUAUUUGAAGGAUCAUAAAUGCUUGCUCUGCUUUAUUUAAUA